AUGAAAUUUGCCGUAAAGAAAAUCAAUAUAAAUGAAACCCUGCUCACCUUCACGCAACAAAUGCUCUCCUGUUCUCACAAUUUGGAAAAACUUUUGGUCGAGGUUGACAUCUCGAGGGAAUCCAGGCAUGAAAAUAUUUUAAGAUGUUACGACACCUGGAUUGAAGAUGCAAACGGGAUUCUCCUCUCGAGACAAGAACUGGAAGCGAUUUGCAAUCAGUGCAGCGAAUAUGGAUCAGCCUCCAUAAAUCCGAAUCAGUACUUCAUGUUUUUGAAACUUGAGCUUUGUGACUUCACCCUGGAAUUUUGGAUAAUUCGGGCAACCCAGAUUUUUCGGGGGGAUGAAGAAGUUUUUGAUGAGGGAAGUGUUUGUAAAGAUAUUUUGAAGAUAAUGCUGCAGUGCGCGAAGGGCCUGGAAUAUUUGCAUGGGAAGGGUUUCAUUCAUCGGGAUAUUAAAGCCAAUAAUAUUUUUGGAAAGAAUUUUACGGGUGAAAUUUCCUGGAAAAUUGGGGAUUUUGGCUUAUCUGUUCCUGCAUCGCUGGAAAGUGCAAAUUCCUGGCGAACUGAACCCGCAGGAUGUCCAAAGUAUAGAAGCCCUGAAAUGGAGAGGAAUGAUAAGUAUGGCGAAAAAUGUGACAUUUACAGCCUUGGUCUUGUCUUUACCGAGCUCUGCUCCGUAAUUUGGCCACCAUUCGAAAGGAAUCAAGUUUUUCAUGAUUUGAGAUUAGGAGGAGAUAAUUCUAUGGAAGAGGACGAUUUGUAUAUUGAGAAAAUUAUUUUAAAUCUGGCUCAAGGAAAGGGAAAAUUGCUUGUUGGCGUGGUUACCGAUAUGCUGUGUCACUCUGAAGAGAAGAGGAUCAGUGCGAGACAACUUGUUUAUAAUUUAUCUGCGCUAAUAUUUGCAAAAAUUGAGUAA